AUGGCUUCCUCCGUGAGAUGGGGUAUUAUCUUUGCUCUCCUUGCAUGCUAUUUUACUCUUCUUUUCUCCAGCUUGAACAAUCAGGCUCACGAGAAUCCAGCUCCUCGAUCGCGGUUUCAGUGCCUCCUCGAAAAUAUCAAGCCAUUCCAAUUAAUCCUCCAUGCUGACGUUGCGUCU